GAAGGAAUGAAAGCCAAGUUUCAAGAAGUAACGGAAAGAAGAAAAGGUUUACUUUGUCAGGAGUAAAGGGAAUCGAUUCGAAGCCCCAGUUCCCCAAAGAACAAAACCUCCCGAAAAGGGAAAAUCUUUGGGUUUUAGGUAGAAGGUAAAGAAGGUGUUGGAAUCUUCUUCCUCCUCUUCUUCUUCUAUUCCAUGGCAUGCCAUCAGCAGAAGCAUUGCAUCCAAAGGUGUUGGAGUUGGAGUAAUCUUCGUAGACGUUGUUUCCUUUUCUGGGUUGGCUCUCCUCUUUCUCCACAACAGCCAAACUACAUUUCCCAACCACAACCAUAAUCACAAUCAUCAUAUCACAAUCGAGAUCUGUUUUCUCUCUACUGCGUAAUAGUGUGGAAUUCUCCUUCAGUUGCUCCUCUUCCAAAUCAAUGAGGAUGUUUUCGCGUUUCUUUCUCUGCUUUCUUCCUCUCUUCUUCUCCCUCGGCUUCUUUUCAAAUGUUCUGAUCGUGCAGGCAUUUACUGGGACCUAUGGAAUAAAUUAUGGAAAGAUAGCUGAUAACAUCCCUUCGCCUGAAAAUGUUGUGGUGCUUCUCAAAGCAGCAAAGAUAAAGAAUGUUAGGAUAUAUGAUGCAGAUCAUAGUGUCCUGACGGCUUUUAAAGGUUCUGGGCUUGAAAUAGUGGUUGGACUUGGCAAUGAAUACCUGAAAGACAUUAGUGUGAAUGAAGACCGUGCCCUAGACUGGGUAAAAGAAAAUGUAGAGCCAUUCCUUCCGGGAACACGUAUCCGUGGGAUUGCUGUGGGGAACGAGGUAUUGGGGGGAGAUCAGGAACUCUCGGAGGCUCUUCUGGGUGCAGUAAAGAACGUUUAUAAUGCUCUCGACAAGCUUCAUUUGACUGGUGUGGUUCAGGUCUCAUCUCCGCAUUCACAGGGUGUGUUUGCUAAUUCCUAUCCUCCAUCUGCAUGUGUUUUUAAAGAGAAUUUAGUUCAAUACAUGAAGCCACUUUUGGAGUUCUUCUCACAGAUUGGUACUCCAUUUUUCAUCAAUGCAUACCCCUUUUUGGCCUACAUCAGUGAUCCUGAGCAUAUUGAUCUCAAUUAUGCUCUAUUGCAACCAAACCCUGGGAUUGUUGAUCAGAAGACUAAUCUUCAUUAUAGUAACAUGUUUGAAGCUCAAAUUGAUGCUGCUUAUGCGGCUUUGGAAGCUGCUGGAUUUCCAAACAUGGAAGUUAUAGUUUCAGAGACUGGUUGGGCUUCUCGUGGGGAUGCAAAUGAAGUUGGGGCUACAGCUGCCAAUGCCAGAACUUAUAAUUAUAAUCUCCGUAAACGACUUGCCAAAAAGAAAGGGACGCCUUUCAGGCCAAAGAAAGUGGUAAAGGCAUAUAUAUUUGCCUUGUUUAAUGAGGAUUUGAAGCCUGGGCCAACGUCUGAGAGGAACUUUGGAUUGUUUAAAGCUGAUGGGAGCAUCUCAUACGAUAUUGGGUUUAAAGGGCUCAAGCCUUCGUCAGCAGUAUCUUUGAAGGAUAUUUGGAGACGAGGUUGGACUGCACCCUACUCCAUGGUUUUGAUGACCUGUGCUGCAGUUCUGCUUCUAGCAUAAUGUCGUCAACUAAUUUAUUUGCAAAAUCAA